GUGUUUACCUCCCUCCUCUGAGCCUUCUACCAGUUCUCCAGACUGACCCUUCUACUCUUCCUCCUCUCACUAUGAGGUGGGUCCACCUUCUACUGCUCGGCCUUUUCUCCUUCUGCUGUGUAAGAGCUGAAGACUCCAAAAAUGACACUUCUGCCGAGACGUCUAGCGAGGAAAAGAGCGAUGACAUUCUAGAAGAGGACAACGUGCUGGUCCUGACCACCAAGAACUUCAACAACGCUCUGCAGACCUACAAGUAUCUUUUGGUUGAAUUUUAUGCACCAUGGUGUGGCCACUGCCAGGAACUCGCCCCCAAGUACAGCCAGGCGGCGGAGAUCCUGAAGAACACAACAUCAGAGGCCCGGCUCGCCAAAGUGGACGCUACAGUGGAAAAUGAAUUGGGCGAAGAAUUUGGAGUCAAGGGCUACCCCACCAUCCUAUUCUUUAGGGAUGGGAGCAGAACCAGUCACAUUGACUUUGGAGGCCGAAGAAACCCGGACGGAAUUGUCAAUUGGAUUCUGAGAAGAAUGGAGUCCUCCACCAUUUUAAUUGAAACGGCCGCCGAGACAGAAGAAUUCAUCAAAUCCCAUGAGUUUUCUGUGAUCGCCUUCUUCCAGGACCCUGAAGACGCCGAUCUGAAGAUCUUUCAGGAAGUUGCCGCCACCGCUGAGGAUUUCACCUUCGCCAUCACACAUAAGAAAGAAUUAUUGGAGAAGUUCGGGGUCACUGAAGACGUCGUCCUCUUCUUCACCAAGGCUGGUGAGAAAUAUGAAUAUAAGUUGGACGAGGACCUCGGCUUGGACAAGGAUGAGCUCUUUCGAUUUCUAAUGGCGAACAGCAUAGGCCCGGUCAUAGAAUACAAUGAACAGACAUCAGAAAGAAUUUUUGCAGCCAAGAUCCCCAACCACCUACUGCUAUUCAUCAAUAAGACGGAAGAGUCACAGCGCCAGCUGCUGGAGAAUUUCGGUGGUGCAGCCGCUGAAUUCAAAGGGAAGAUCCUUUUUGUCUCCAUUGACUCGUCUGGCCCUCAUGCUGGGGUUCUAGAAUACUUUGGACUCCAAAACAGCGACAUCCCAACAAUCCGCUUCAUCAACAUCGACCUGGUGAAAAAAUACGCCUUCAAGGGAGAGAAAAUAACAACAGAGGCCGUGAGGGAAUUCUGCCAGGGGGUCCUGGAUGGGAAAAUCAAGCAAAAUCUGAUGAGCGAGGAGCUGCCGGAAGAUUGGGACAAGAAACCCGUCAAGGUCCUUGUGGGCACCAAUUUUGAAGACAUCGCCUACGACGAGACCAAGAACGUGUUUGUAGAAUUCUAUGCCCCUUGGUGCACUCACUGUAAAGAGCUGGAACCGGUCUGGGAGGAACUGGCAGAGAAGUACAAAGAUCACCCAAACAUAAUCAUUGCUAAGAUGGACGGCACAGCCAAUGAGAUCGAUGGGAUGAGGGUGAGAGGAUAUCCCAACCUGAGGUUUUUCCCUGCUGGACCAGGACGCAAGAUGAUUGAGUAUACAAAAAAUAGAACAGUGGACUUAUUUUCCAAAUUUCUCGAUAGCGGAGGAGUGCUACCCGUGGAUGAAGAGGAACAGAUUAUAGAAAAUUUAAAAGAGGAUCAGCGGGGAGGAGACAUUAAAGUUGAAGAUGUUCCUCCUGAGAAGCCCAAAGAGGAGUUGUAGAGCCGCCAAAAAGAAAAGCAACUUAAAAGAGACUUGGUGGAUGCGGAUUGGUUUGCGCUAUUUUCAAGUGUUUCUCCCUUGUUGAACUUUAAGUGGUGUUUACGGAUUUCUAUUUUACUGAAGACAAUAAAAGUUUUUACAAUAUAAAAAA